CGAACCAGCGCGAACACCACGCGGCAUCACAGCGCACCUCCCGCACGCGGACACGACACGACACGACACGACACGCCGCCGCGCUCACGUUGCAUCUUAAACCGGAAGCGGCAAGCGAUUGUAUGGCCCGUCACGUGAUAGUCCGAUUCCGGUUUUCACCUGGGAAAAGAGAAUACAAACUUAGCUUGGUAGGGGUUUCGAGCUGUGCGGAGUUAGUAGAUUUAGCUUACAUUUGGUGAAACAAUAAUCAAAAUAUAUCUUGUAUACACACAAAUAAAUUGAUAACCGUACGUUAUGCAUACGUGCGUGAGGGAAUUCUCGUCUUACGUCGUGAGGAGUACUAGACUCUAGCCCAGACCAGACGGUUGCACCGUUGCUAAGCUAACUUUAGCUAUCUGGCGGCCAUGCUAAUGUAACAUGUGUGACUGCUUAUAGUUCCGUUAAGCCUGCCUGGCCUCGUUUAAAACCCGCAGUCCGGCCGUGGCGUGCGAGCGCGAUGGCUCCUAUGGGCAUCCGGCUGUCCCCGCUCGGCGUCGCCGUCUUCUGCCUGCUCGGCCUCGGCGUGCUCUACCACCUGUACGCCGGCGUUCUCUCCAACAAGGUGGCGGCCUUCCGCCGGGGCCGAAGCGUGGACCUGCGGGAGCUGCUGGCGCUGUGCGUGGAGGCGGCCGUGCAGGGCGGCCGGGAGGCGAAGCGCGCCCACGAUGGGGGCGUCCUGAGCAGCAAGGCCAAGGGGAAGACGAGGGAGGGGGCCGAGGAGAUGCUCACCCUCGGGGACCUCAACUCGCACAGGAGGAUGUACUACCUGAUCAAGAACCGCUUCCCGCACGUGCAGGUGAUCUCCGAGGAGAGGGAUUACAGCACCAAGGCCAGCGAUGCAGAAUGGAACUCUGUGAUUCCUGAUGAGAUACUACAGAAGGUCCAAAGCCAGGUGGUGCCUGCAGAGGCUGUCACCGUGUGGAUCGACCCCCUGGAUGCCACACAGGAGUACACGGAAAAUCUUCUUCAGUAUGUCACGACAAUGGCUUGUGUUGCUGUGAAUGGCAAGCCUUUCAUAGGAGUCAUCCACAAACCUUUUACAGGGUACACAGCUUGGGCUAUGGUGGAUUCAGGUUCCAAUGUGUUGCCUCGCUCAUCAUACAACGCCAAGUCCCCAAGCGUUAUUGUCUCGCGCUCUCAUGCAGGGAAAGUCAAAGGCUACAUUGAUUCAGCAUUUGGAAACAACACUGUCAUCAUUCAGGCUGGUGGAGCAGGCUAUAAGGUUCUAUCUUUGCUGAACCCCACAGACGAGAAAUACGACAAGGCCGACAUCUACAUUCACAUCACGUACAUCAAGAAGUGGGACAUCUGUGCUGGUAAUGCCAUCCUAAAGGCCCUGGGGGGCCACAUGACAACCUUGAGGGGGGAGGAGAUAGACUACACGGGCUCUGAGUCCAAUGAGGGUGGCCUUCUAGCCACUGUGAAACUGAACCACAAGGAGCUGCUGGAGAAGCUUCCGAACCUGGACCAGAUAAGAAGCAGAUAAAGUUGCAAAAGGGUUUUUGGGUUGAAUCACAAGGCCAUCGUGCUUUACAUUGAAAAGUCCAAAAUACAACAGAAGUUACAUGAGAGGUCUAUAACAUGAUGAAUCAAGUGUCCUCACAUUUCAUACAGCACUCAAUGUUAGUGGGCCUUCCUCGGCAUGGGACAUUGGACAGUUUGGGCCUCUUGAUGGUGAGAAGUCACUCCUCAGAGAUGAGCUAAGCACAGACUUUGUUGACGAUAACACACUGCCUGUGUUGUGAUCUUUUAUGAUUUAGACUGCUGUAGCGUGAACUGAAACAGUUACUUUUUUAACACUUGCUCCAGAGGAAAUGAUGGUGGAAGCUGUGAAACUGGCAUCCCUUUUCAUCAGCAGUUUGACAUUUCCAAGUACACUGAGGAAUCAUCUCAGAGCUGUUGGACACACAGCUAAGCACAUGGGUAUAGUUUGCACUGCUUGUAGCACACAAAGAAAAUAGACAUUUCUUGAAAGGAAGUUUUCAAACUGGCAAUAAAUGCUCUCCUUGCUAAUGAAUGGGCAAAAUGGGCCCUGAGAAGCAUCUCUGAAGGACUUGAAGUUUCAGCUGAUGCUAUGGUAUAAAUGGAAUGAUUUCUGUUGGAAUUAAUUUGCUCAGGUAGUAUUAUGGUCAAACUUACUGACUGACCUUUUGGACAGCAUGCUAGUGAAGUAUAAAAUUUACCAAGGGAUAAAGUUAAAGCAUGGUUACUGAGCUACGCUUGCCUUGGGGAAUCUGGGGGAAAUAAGAGAAUUCAAAUUGUAUUACAAGGGGACAUAGAUAUCAUUUCAGAUUAAAAGUAUAAAUUACACUUCAUUCAAAGUUAAAUAUUUAUAAAUAGAUGGGAAGUUACAGUAGUAUAUGUAAUCUUGUUUGACUCCAGUUUUUUGUAAAAAGAAAAAAGAUAUUUAAUGUUAUUGUAUAUGCAUACAUAUAGUAAUGUUUUAUUUGCUAUGGUGGAAAGUGAACAUUUAAUGUGUACCUAAAUGAAGUUGAGGCUUGAUACUGUAAGACACAUUCAGAGACUUCCAAUAAUGCAUGUUCACUGUGAAAAAUUAUGUACUUUAUCUGCAUUUCGGAAGAGAUAUUUUUGUAUAGGUCUGCAGUGUGAUUACUUUGCUCAUAUGGGUAUCAGUCUUCUGUGCCUAUUUUUGUGGUUUAAAUUGCAGGCUGCAUGAAAACCUGUCUAUUUUUUGAAGGAUUGUGUGUUACUGGAAGUACUUAGCCUUUGCAGUUAUUUUCAAACUGCAUGAUUUUUUUUUUUUUUUUU